UUUUUAGAAUUCCGUAUCGCGCUGAUUCAGCUUGCAGUGACUGCAAACAAGGCUCAGAAUUUGCUGCGUGCUAAAGACAAGAUCAAAGAGGCAGUCUCUAACGGAGCGAAGAUUGUCGCACUGCCGGUAAUGUAUACCUUUUGGAGAAAUUUCCACCAUGAAAUUGUUAACCAAAGUGUUAUGAGAGAUUCAUGUAAUCGAAUAGGAACUCAUAUUAUGGUGGUGUUUUGGAGUCAAAUGGGAUGUUUUCAGUGAUCCUUUGAUGGGAUGACUGACUUGAGGAAACUCCUACAUUAACCACCCUACCCCUUUUAAAGGGGAACGUUUUUGGAAGGGGGGGGGGGGAACUCUGAAGCCCAAAGCUCGGACAAAAUACCUCAAAACACAUUCUCUUCUUUGUUUUAGAGACAAUACACUGAAUCCCUAUAUUAAGGAAACAUUAUCAUCAUUUCAAUCAUGGUCCUAUAUGAGAUUAAUUUAUUUACACAUUGCAGAGACCAAUUUUUGGAAUCAAUUUUUAAGCAUUGAGUAUUAACCUUUAAUCUAACAUCAGUAUGCAUAUUCUCCAAACUGUUCUCCAUACAUUUGCUAAGGUGCUGACAAGGAGAAUUUGUGUAACGAUCAAGAGCUUCUUCAGUUGGUGGAAUUUCCUUAAUUCUCAUGAUCUUUCUGUGUGAUUCAGGGGUGAUAUUGUGUGUAGAAAUUAGAUGCUAGUCACUCAUAGGGGUAUAAUUUUCCUUGGAAAUAGUAGGUAAUCAUAGACUAAAUCUCUACAUGAUAUUUUAAAUCUCACCAAUUUGAGAUUCCAGUAUUCAUAAGCACCUUCUGUGUCACCCUUAUAGAAGAAAAUUGGUUUUGUCAACUGAGUUGAUAAUGUAAAUUGACCACUGUAAAGAUUUUCUUAAGUGUAGCUUCAAUUGUUAGCCCUCCUAGUUUGAAAACACCAAAUUAUCUUGCAUUACCCCUCGCCAACUCAGCACCACAUUUUCUAUAGAUAGUUAUCCCCAUUAUUCAUUUGUCACCUUCUAAGGUUAGUUAAGGAAUUAUUCUUUUUAUUAUUUUCUUAAAUUUAACUUCAAAAUAAUCCAACUCCAUCAGGAAUGUUUCAAUUCACCUUAUGGCACUCAGUAUUUUGCCGAUUAUGCUGAGCAAAUUCCAGGGGAAUCCACAAACAUGCUAUCAUCUGUUGCUAAGGAGACAGGUUGUUACAUCAUAGGAGGGUCUAUCCCUGAAAGUGAUUCUGAUGGGAAGCUGUACAAUACUUCAACUUCUUUUGGACCUGAUGGUGCCAUGCUUGCCAAACACAGGAAGGUUAGCACACUAAUGUGGCCCCAAGUUGUUGUCAGAUUGAGAAGUUGGUUAACAAUUUAUAGCAGUUGUUUUUAACUCACACCAAGCCAUUUAGAUUUUCCUAAUAAAUGACCUCAGAUUUUUGAUAUUGAGAUUUUAAUUCUCAGAUUUUGACCCUAGAGUUGGGGAAACAAGAAAAUUGGAGGAGCAUUGAAUAUCUACACUUUUACAUGCUUUGUUCCAAUCUGUAUUUUUAUCAAUCUAUGUGGGCAGUGUUGGGUUUCCAAAUUCUGUUUUGCUUAGCACCAUCUCCUUCUUAAAUUUCAAUUUUUUUUGUUGGAAAAGAGUACAAUGUCAAUCUCCCUGAUAUCACUUGAAUCCAGUUUGUUAUUUUUUUCUUUAUAAAGAAUUUUUCUGAACAGGUAUCACUUAUUUUUCAUAGGUUCAUCUCUUUGAUAUUGAUGUUCCAGGAAAAAUUCGCUUUCAAGAAUCAGAAGUUUUGUGUGGUGGGAAACAGCUGACAAUGAUGGAUACAUGUAUGUUGGUUUAAAAUCUUUUAUCUUUAUUAAUCGCUCUAAACUGGGAAUGCUGCCGUUGUUGAAAUUAUUUUUUAAUGUUAUUGUUUAUGUGGUUGUGGAAGCUAUAUUCAUCUUACCUGAAGUCAUGUUAUUUUUUUGGCAGCUCUCUGUAAAAUAGGAAUUGGAAUCUGUUAUGACAUCAGGUUUCCAGAGAUGGCUCAAGUUUACACACAGCAAGGUGAAUGUUGAUCAAUUACAAAGCCGAGAACAACUAGUCUGCCAUCUUUUUUACUUCCUACUUUCAAACUUGUCAACAGCCUUGCAAUUAUCAUCUUUUUUCAUAAUAGUGUUUUCAUCAUUAUGAAUACCAAGGUGUGUCAAUGAGAAACUUGCAGUACCUUGGUUGAAUUGGUUCAAUAAGAUCUGUUAUUGAAUUUUGCAAAAAUUUUUUAUGUAUUUUAAUAAGUUUAUUAAAAAACAUGCACUCAUCACCAAAAAUUUCUUCAAUUUGUUAGGGUGUAAACUGCUAUUUUAUCCUGGAGCAUUUAACAUGACCACAGGACCAGCUCAUUGGGAACCACUCAUUAGGGCAAGGUAAGUUUUUCACAGAUUAUAGGGUAUAGUUGUAGAUUUAACCCUUUCACUCCCAAGAUCUAGUUGAUAAUUCUCCCCUCUAGCUGCAACACAUUUCCUUGCAAAUUAGUAACAAGAAUUUGGUGUUACCAUAAUUUCCGGCCAUUUACCCGUGGGUAAUCUGUUGAUUUUACCACUGCAGGUAGAUCAAGACAACAGCUGUUUGCUGGAUAAUUUAUGGAUAUUACAGGGGGAAGUUACAUGUUAAUCACUUCUGGGAGUUAAGGGCUUAAAAGAAAAGAGCGUUCAAGAAAGCAUGUAAUUUUCAUCUCUGCCAUAUGAACUAAAACAUCAUAAAAUGUAGUUCUGACUAAACUGCUUAAAUUUAUCUUCAAAUGUGUUAAGAUUUUAACAUAACACCAUUUUGAAAUUAACUUAGGUAUUUGCCCUUACCAUAAUAGGAUACCAGGUCAGCUUCCACUGUUGUUGCUUGAAUUCUGAUGUAGAAUGUUCUGAAAACUUAACAGUCUCUGUUUUCAUUCACAGGGCGCUGGAUAAUCAGGUUAGGAAAAUUAAUCAUCCAAUAUUUGUGAAUUGAACUCGCCCUUGUUUAGUUAUUAACAAUAAAUAGUAUUAUACAUUGAACAAAAGAAACACAAAAUAAUUAUGAAUUUCAAGUUGUCUCUCUUUUUUUUUUUCAGUUGUAUGUAGCAGCUGUGUCUCCAGCCAGAGAUGAAAAAGCAACAUAUGUUGCCUGGGGCCACAGUACAGUUGUCAAUCCAUGGUAAAAAUUUAUAAACCUGUAGACCCCUAAGAGUGACUAGCAUCUAAUAUCCCCUUACAAUAUCACCCCUGAAUCAUUUAUUAUAGUCGUAAGAAUAAAGGAAAUCGAGCACCAACUACUGAAGCUCUUGAUUGUAAGGGUAAGGAUUGUAAUGGUGAAAAGGUCAUUUGUAAGUCUGUGGUUUAUCACCAGCCAAAGAAAGAUGCGGUUGGAUGAGAACAGAAAUUGUGUUGUGAUUAUUAUGACUUUUUUGUCAUUGAUUUCCUAGAUAGUGUUGAGUAUUUUGGGUGUGUUUGUGUUUGCGCAUUUUUUUUUCCUCUGAGAUUUUUCCUCCUUUAGGAAACAGACGCAGAGAUAAUUCUGAUCAUCUGAGAAAACUGGAGAUCAAUUAUCUUUGAUAGUCAGUUGUCAUUCCUUACUUAAUCAAAUUUCCUUUUUUAACUGCAUGGAUCAACCAUCAUUUAUUAUAAUUGGUUCAUGCUUUGUCACUUUGAUUUUUAUUGAUAAAAUGAUGAUGCAUUGUGGAUGGUUUUUCUUAGGGGUGAAGUGAUUGCCAAAGUAGACCAUACAGAGCAAAUCUUAUAUUCAGACAUAGGU